ACCUCCUUCUCCCCCUGUGUGAGGCGCCUGAGUUCAAAGUUGGGACUGUGCGCGGGAUGUGGGAGUCCUACGAGCCGGUGGAGGCCAGCCUGGGCCGGGAGGAGAGCUUCCUGUCCCUGGGGGACCUGCUGAUGUCUCAGGAGAAGCUGCCCUGCCGGCUGGAGAGCGGCUUCCCGCGCCUGGGCUUCCUGGAGAAAGGAGGAGACAGCGACCACAUCCCUGAGGGCACCAAGAUGGAGAUGCCGCUGUGGCUGGUGAAGGGUCUGUAUGACAACAAGCGAAGAAUCGUCUCUGUGGAGCUGCCAAGGAUCUACCGGGAGGGCUGGCGCACGGUGUUCAGCGCCGACGCCAACGUGGUGGACCUGCACAAGAUGGGGCCACAUUACUACGGCUUUGGCUUUCAGCUGCUGAACUUCGAGAGUCCCGAGAACGCGGAGAUUGCCAAGACAAUACUGCAGACAUUCAUCGGUCGCUUUCGUCGCAUCAUGGACUCUUCUCAGAACGCUUACAAUGAGGACACGUCUGCGCUGGUGGCGCGGCUGGAUGAACUGGAGCGCGACUUGUUCCGGGCCGGACAGAAGGGCUUGAAUGCUUUUCAGAGCUGGGAACGGGGGACUGCGGCUCAGAUCACAGCCUCCAGCCUGGUGCAGAGUUACAGGAAGAGGAAGUUUAACGAGACUGAUAUGUGAGGGGCCCGGGGCCACAAAGAGACUAGCAGCGCUGGGAGCUGCGGGGUGAAGCUGUAUGUAGCAGGGUGACUCCUCUGUAUAAAGGACCGUGCACAACAAGCUGCUGUCUCUGUCCCAUCACUGCAGGUCAGAGGGAUUGAGGCGAGUGAUGGCUCGGUCUCCGUGCGGCAGUAAGGUUUGGUCACGUGACCUCAGAGGCUCAUGGUGCUCUGCGUAUAGGUACGUUUGGCAUAGGCGAAACUUAAAGGGGUUGAUGAGCUAUCCUCGGGAUACGGCACCCACCGCCCAUCAUUCUCUCCACGGUUCACCCUGCAGCGCCCCCAUCCCUGGGAUGAUGUAACUACAUCUGAUCCGCACCAUUCAAGUGAAAGGGGCGGUGGCGUCAACGGCGAGCAGGUAAACCGCGAAGAGAAUCCAGAGCGACAGCUGAUCGGUGGAAGUUGGACCAGAAGCCAGUUUGAUAUUGCUGAGCGAUCCAGAGGAUAGGCCAUCAACAUCGAGAACCAGACAACCCCUUUAAUGAUGGC